AUGCUAAUCUUUUUCUUCUUGUUUUUUCUUUUUCUUCUUCAUCAUCUUUUUCUUUCUACCGCUUUCUUCUUUUUCUUCUUUUUUCUUCUUCUUUUCCUUCUUCUUUUUCUUCUUUUUUCUUCUUCUUUUCCUUCUUUUUCUUUUUCUUCUUAUUUUCCUUCUUUUUCUUUUUUCUUAUUUUCCUUCUUCUUUUCCUCCUUUUUUCUUCUUCUUUUCCUUCUUCUUUUUCUUCUUUUUUCUUCUUCCUUUCCUUCUUCUUUUUCUUCUUUUUUCUUUUUCUUUUCUUUCUUUUUUUUCCUUUUUCUUCUUCUUCUUCUUUUCUUCUUUUUUUCCUUCUUCUUUUUCUUCUUUUUUCUUUCUUCUUCUUUUCCUUCUUCUGCUUUCUUCUUCUUCUUUUCCUUCUUCUUUUUUCUUCUUCUUUUCCUUCUUCUUUUUCUUCUUUUUUCAUCUUCUUUUCCUUCUUCUUUUUCCUCUUUUUCUUCUUCUUUUCCUUCUUCUUUUUUCUUCUUCUUUUCCUCCAUCUUUUUUCUUCUUCUUUUCCUUCUUUUUCUUCUUUUCCUUCUUCUUAUUUUCUUUCUUCUUCUUUUCCUUCUUUUUUCUAUUCCUUCUCUUCUUUUUCUUUCUUCUUCUUUCUUCUUCUUUCUUCUUCUUCAUUCAUCUUCUACUUCUUUCUUCUUCUUUUUCUUCUUUCUAAUUCUUAUUUAUUCUUUUUCUUUCUAUUUCUUUCUUCUUUUUUCUCGUUUUUCUUCCUACUACUUUUUUCUUCUUCUUUCUUUUUCUUCCUCUUUUUUCUUCUUCCUACUUAUUCUUCCUUUCUUUUUCUUCUUCUUUUUCUUCUUCUUCUUUCUUUCUCUUCUUCUUUCUUCUAUUUCUUUCUACUUCUUUCUAUUUCUUUCUUUUUCUAAUUUCUAUUUCUUCGUUUUCCUCUUCUUCUUUGUACUUAGUCUUUCUUCUUUUUACCUUUUCUUUUUUCUUCUCCAUUUCUUCUUUUUUCUUCUUCAUUUUUCUUCUUUUUCUUCCUCUUCUAUGUGA